AUGCAGGGACUUGUCCGUGCUGUACGACGCUUUGGAUGCUCCAACUUUCAGAGGAGAUUCGCAUCCACCCUUGUGAUUGCUGAGCACGACAACUCGGCCUUGAAUGCCAUCACGCGCAGUGCGGUCACUGCCGCGUCCAAGUUGGGAGGUGAUGUAGACUUGCUGGUGGCUGGCAACAACUGCGACAAGGUUGUUGAGGAAGCGGCCAAGAUCUCUGGAGUGAAGCGAGUGUUGAAGGCGUCGGCUCCUCAUCUUGAGAGGAGAUUGGCUGAGGAGCUCGAAGCGCUGAUCUUGCACGCUCAGAAUUCGAACAAGUACACCCACAUCAUGGGAGCUUCGUCGGCCUGUACCAAGUCAGUGUUGCCUCGAGUAGCAGCCAAGCUCGAUGUGAACCAGAUCUCCGAAGUCAUCGCCAUCGAAUCUGAGGACACUUUCGUCCGUCCCAUCUAUGCUGGAAAUGCUCUUGCCACUGUCAAGAGCUCGGAUGCGGUGAAGGUCAUGACAACUCGAGCAACCAGCUUCGAUAAGGCUGAGAUGAAUGGAAGCGCAAGUGUCGAAGAGAUCAGCAGUGCUGCAGUUGGCGCUUCAGAAUGGAAGUCGGAGGAGCUCAGCAAGUCAGACAGGCCCGAGUUGACAGCUGCCAACGUGAUUGUUGCUGGCGGACGGGGACUGAAGAGCAGCGAGAACUUUCAGAUGCUCUACAAGUUUGCAGACAAGUUGGGAGCUGCUGUUGGAGCUUCCAGAGCUGCGGUGGAUGCAGGAUACAUGCCCAACGAUGCGCAGAUUGGACAAACUGGCAAAGUCGUCGCUCCUGAUCUCUACUUCGCUAUUGGAAUCUCAGGCUUCACAGGAGCAAUCCAGCACCUUGCGGGCAUGAAGGACUCCAAGACGAUCGUCGCGAUCAACAAAGAUCCCGAUGCGCCGAUCUUCCAGGUGUCAGACAUCGGUUUGGUGGAUGAUCUCUUCAACGUCGUGCCAACAAUGACGGAGGAAAUCAAGAAGUGA